AUGGCGCCACCCAAACGCAACAGCAGCUCGCUCCCUCCCGGCUAUGUUGAGGACAAGUCGAAGGGCCCGAUGCUCAGAUUCCAAGACUCGCUCCCCCGCCUUCCAGUUCCGACACUCGAGGAGACCGCCAAGCGAUAUCUCAAGAGCCUGCACCCUAUCAUCUCUGACAGCGAGCUUGAGCAUAGUAAAGCGGCCGUGUCCGAGUUCAUCAAGCCGGGCGGAGUCGGCAGCAAGCUUCAAGAAAAGCUCAUCGAGAGGAGCAAGGAUCCCAAGAUCAAGAACUGGAUGUAUGAUUGGUGGAAUGACGCUGCAUACCUGAGUUAUCGCGAUCCGGUAGUGCCAUACGUCAGCUACUUCUACUCGCACAGGGACGAUCCCAAACGACGCAACCCUGCUAAGCGAGCCGCGGCCAUCACCAGCAGCGUCCUUGAGUUCAAGAAGCUCGUUGACAGCGGCAACCUCGAGCCGGAAUACAUGAAAGGGCUGCCCAUCUGCAUGGACAGCUACAAGUGGAUGUUCAAUGCGAGCCGCGUUGCAGCCCGCCCCGCGGAUUAUCCCGUCAAGUUCUCCCCGGCCGAGAACAAGCACUUUGUUGCCAUUCGCAAGAACCAGUUCUUCAAGGUCCCUCACGAGAUUGCUGGCAAGCAGCUGAACACGUCGGAGCUCGAACAGCAGUUCAACCGCAUCUAUCAGGUUGCGGAGCGAGUGUCUCCUGUGGGAGCCCUGACCUCGGAGAACCGCGACAUUUGGGCGGAUGCGCGUGAGCUGCUGGUCUCAGCUAGCCCCAAGAACAAGGAGGCUCUGGAGACUAUUGAGUCUGCCUCGUUCGUCGUCUGCCUCGACGAUGCGUCUCCCGUCACUCUGGAGGAGCGUGCUCACCAGUACUGGCAUGGCGAUGGCGCCAAUCGCUGGUACGACAAGCCUCUCCAAUUUAUCAUCAACGACAACGGCACGUCGGGCUUUAUGGGCGAGCACUCCAUGAUGGACGGCACGCCCACACAUCGUCUGAACGACUACAUCAAUGAUCUCAUCUUUGGAAACAAGAUUGAUUUCUCAGAUCCCAGCAUCCGAUCCAGCCUGCCUGACCCCCAGCCUAUCAAGUUUGACAUCACGCCCAAGAUUCAGAGCGAGAUUGAUCGCGCCGUUGCCGACUUCAACAGCGUCAUUGGGAAGCAUCAGCUUGCUGUCCAAGCGUACCAGGCCUACGGCAAGGGUCUCAUCAAGAAGUUCAAGUGCUCGCCAGAUGCAUAUGUGCAGAUGAUUAUCCAGCUUGCCUACGCCAAGAUGUACGGCAAGAACCGCCCGACGUAUGAAUCGGCUGCCACCCGGCGCUUCCAGCAGGGUCGCACCGAGACGUGCCGCAGCGUUUCUGACGAAUCAGUGGCCUGGUGCAAGUCCAUGGCAGACCCGUCGAUUGACGACAAGACAAAGAUUGACCUCUUCCGGAAGGCCAUUGCGGCUCACCUCGAGUACAUCUCGGCCGCGUCCGACGGAAAGGGCGUUGAUAGACACCUCUUUGGCCUCAAGAAGCUCCUCGAGCCCGGCCAGGAGCUUCCGGCCAUCUACAAGGAUCCCGCAUACACCUACUCCUCGUCAUGGUAUCUGUCAACGUCGCAGCUCAGCUCAGAGUUCUUCAACGGCUACGGCUGGAGUCAGGUCAUUGACGAUGGGUUUGGCAUUGCCUACAUGAUCAAUGAGAACAGCAUCAACUUCAACGUCGUGUCCAAGGGACUUGGAAGUGACCGGAUGAGCUACUACCUCAACGAGGCAGCGAACGAGAUGCGCGAUCUGCUGACUCCUACACUGGAGCCGCCCAAGGCCAAGCUGUAAUC